GUCCAGAUACACACCCAUGCAUUCAAAAUCUCCCAAGUCCCAAAGUCCAUUAAAUUGCAAUCCAGCAUAAUCAAUCUUUCCCAUUGUUUGCACGUGACUUCCUCCUCCAACAGAAAAACUAAAUUAACACCAUGCCAGUUAAUAUAACAGCAAUCAAAACUUCCUCCGAUGGAAUCUGGCAAGGCGAUAAUCCUCUCGAUUACGCUUUCCCUCUCCUCAUUAUUCAAACUGUCUUAGUCCUCGUCGUCAGCCGCUCCCUCGCUUUCGGCUUCAAACCUCUCCGCCAACCUAAAGUCAUAGCUGAGAUCAUCGGUGGAAUUCUGUUAGGACCAUCGGCGUUAGGAAGGAACACAAGCUACCUGCACCGCUUAUUCCCUGAAUGGAGUAUGCCGACGCUAGAAUCCGUCGCAAGCAUAGGUCUUCUAUUCUUUCUCUUCCUCGUUGGACUCGAGUUAGAUCUAAACUCGAUUCGCCGUAGCGGUAAAAGAGCAUUCAGUAUAGCAGCUUGUGGAAUCACUCUUCCUUUCGUCUGCGGCAUAGGCGUUGCCAUUGUCCUCCGCAAAACCGUCGACGGCGCAGACAAAGCCGGAUUCGGCCAAUUCAUCGUUUUCAUGGGAGUUGCGCUUUCUAUAACCGCAUUCCCCGUCUUAGCACGAAUCCUCGCUGAACUCAAACUCCUCACAACACGCGUAGGAGAAACCGCCAUGGCAGCCGCUGCGUUCAACGACUUAGCCGCGUGGAUUCUUCUCGCUUUAGCAAUUGCGUUAGCCGGAAACGGAGCCGACGGCGGAGACAAAAAGAGCCCUCUCGUUUCCGUUUGGGUGCUUCUCUCCGGAGUCGCUUUCGUUGCUUUCAUGAUGAUUGUUAUAAGUCCUGUGAUGAAUCGUGUGGCACAAAGAUGCUCCGUGGAGAAUGAAGCUGUUGAUGAAGUUUAUAUUUGUUUGACUCUAGCUGGUGUAAUGGUUUCAGGAUUCAUAACUGAUUUCAUAGGGAUUCAUGCGAUUUUUGGGGCGUUUGUUUUUGGAUUAACUAUUCCAAAGACAGGUAGUUUUGCUGAGAGGUUGAUAGAGAGAAUAGAGGAUUUUGUUUUGGGUUUGUUGCUUCCACUUUACUUUGCUUCAAGUGGGUUGAAAACUGAUGUGACUAAGAUUAGUGGUGGAAAAGCUUGGGGGCUAUUGGUUUUAGUGAUUGCAACUGCUUGUGCUGGGAAGAUUCUGGGGACUUUUGUUGUUGCUAUGAUGUGUAGGAUGCCAGUUAGAGAGUCAAUUACACUUGGAGUGCUGAUGAACACCAAAGGACUUGUUGAACUCAUUGUGCUCAACAUUGGAAAAGAGAAAAAGGUUUUAAAUGAUGAAAUAUUUGCAAUCUUGGUCCUUAUGGCACUCUUCACAACCUUCAUCACAACCCCAGUGGUGAUGGCAAUCUACAAUCCAGCUCGUGGAAUCGCAAGCAAGACAAUUCGAAAGCUAGGUGACAUGUCCUCCCACUCUAAAGAAAGCAACAAUGUGGUGAAUACUCUUCGAGUCCUAGCUUGCAUCCACGGUCCAACCAACAUUCCCUCUAUCAUCAACCUCAUUGAGUCAACACGUAGCACCCAAAAAUCACUUCUCAAAGUCUUCAUCAUGCACCUUGUUGAACUCACAGAACGUUCAUCUUCAAUCAUCAUGGUUCAACGCGCUCGCAAAAACGGUUUUCCAUUCUUCAACCGUUUCAACCGCGAUGAAUGGUAUAACCGUCUUGCUGGGGCUUUUCAGGCCUAUAGUCAAUUGGGCCGGGUCAUAGUCCGGUCCACUACAGCCAUAUCUUCGCUAUCUACAAUGCACGAGGAUAUAUGCCAUGCAGCAGAGGAAAAGAGAGUGACAAUGAUCAUAUUACCCUUCCACAAACAUUGGAGGAUGGAAGUUGAUGAUGAAAAUGACAAAGAGGCUCAUGAGGUGUUGGAGAAUGCUGGGCAUGGAUGGAGAGGUGUGAACCAAAGGGUACUUAAGAAUGCUCCAUGCUCUGUUGCUGUGCUUGUAGAUAGAGGAUAUGGGCUUGGGUUGAAGAAUUUGGGCUCAGAUGGUAGAGUGGCCCAAAGAAUAUGCAUCGUGUUUUUUGGUGGGCCUGAUGACCGCGAGGCUCUUGAGUUGGGGAAGAAAAUGGUUGAACACCCGGCAGUUGUAGUGACCGUUGUAAGGUUCGUUGAGCAAAAUGAAUUGAGUGGUAACAACUUUGUUUUACGCCAAUCACCUGGCAAAAGUACCGAAGAAAACUAUAGCUUCUCCAUCGCAAAAAUUAAUCGACAAAAAGAACAGGUGUUGGAUGAAAAUGCAAUGGAGGAGUUUCGAAGCAAGUGUGGUGAAACAGUGAAGUAUAUCGAAAAGGGUAGUGGCAACGUUGUUGAGGAGGUGAUAGCAUUAGGAGAAAGUGCGGAUUACGAUCUCAUUGUUGUUGGGAAGGGUCGGUUUCCGUCGACUAUGGUGGCAGAACUAGCAGAGAGGGAAGCAGAGCAUGCAGAGUUAGGUCCCAUAGGAGAUAUACUUACAUCCUCAAUGGGUCACAAGAUGGCGUCAUCAGUUUUUGUUAUUCAACAACAUGAUGUAGCAUUGACAGAGGAUGUACCAAUGUACAAGGUUAAGGUGCAUGAUGAGAAUGUUGCUGAGGUUUCAUCUGGAAGGCAUGAGAUCUCUGUAGCAAAUGCUGUGUAAUUACUUGGUAUUUUUAUGCAUUAUGUUGGGUCAUUGGAGACAAGACAAACCCCAAAGUAACACAAUUAUAUCUCGCAGAUGAGAGAAACUUCAAACCAAAAAUAGUUUCUCUAUAUAGUGAAUUAGUGUUUAAAGUAAUAAAUAUGUAAUUAUCCUUUAAUUUUGGUGGGCUAAUAUCACCGUAGCAUCUCAAAUCUCAAAUUAAAAUAAAAGUUAUAAAUAUCCCUCUUUACGCAGGGUUGUACAUGUAUGAAUUGGUGUGUUUCAAAAAUUACAAAUCCAAUCAUAUUAUGUUGAACUUA